CUAUGAGAACUAAAAACAUUAUCGACGAUACAAUUCGAUUCGUGAAGAUCACCACAUUUUGAAUAUCAAAAGUUUUAGUUGAAACCACAGUUGAAAGUUGAAACUUCAACACAAUGAUCGUUUAUAUUAUUCAUUAUAGUUGCCAUGGUUAUACAUGCUCUAUUGAAUAAUAAUUGCGAUUAGAAUUCAUUUAUGCUGUAACAUUCAGUUAAGGGCAUUAAUUGCAACAUUGUACGUGUUGCUUUUUAUGAUUAAAGAUUUAUCUUCAUAUCGGAACGUUUUAUUACACUGGUAAAAAUCCCGUAAAAUUAACGUAUCGAAGACUUAUUUGAAAUUUUCUGUGAAUUGUCACCGAUUGUCAAAAUAAAGAAGUCGAAAGAUCACUCGUUUGGCAGCGGAAGCAAUAACUUGUCCUAUCCUGGGAAUAUUGUCAAACGUUUCCCACAAUUAACAUUUGUUCUAAAUUCAUCUGAUAACUGGUUACGUAUUGUUGCACAAGACUUGAUCGAAGAAACGUUUGAGUCAAGGAGUUGUAAGAAUACAACUCUAUAGAAAAUGACUUGUUUAAACUCGUGAUGUGUAUGCGGCAUGACAAAUAGUCAAGACAUUUCUGAUUUUUGGCAUUUUUUGCUAUGGCAGUUCGGGCCAAUGUUGCGUCAAAAGUUGUGACCUUUUACAAGAAUGGCGAUAAGUUUUUUAGAGGUUAUAAAUUGGCUAUAAGUCCCAUAAAAUAUCGAAGUAUGGACACUUUGUUAAAUGAUCUUACGCGUCUGUUGAACUUACCUCUUGGAGCGAGAUAUGUACUAACGAAGUCAGGGAAAACAGUUGAAACACUGCAUGAAUUUGAACAUGGUCAAGGAUACAUAUGCUCUUCCUUUCCCAGGCUCAAACAUUUGAAUUAUGGUAUCGGUGAAAAUCUUCCAUAUUGGAAAUCGUCAAAGAAUAUAAGUAAGAAUCCUGAUGUUGGACAUCAAAAAAAAAUUAGCAAGUAUCAUAGUGAUGAAUUUGUAAAUAGAAAACAAACUGAUACCAUAAAACCACGAAUAGUCACUGUAAUACGUUAUGGACACAAGCCCAGGAGAAGUGCCAAAGUGUUAUUAAAUAAACGAACAGCCCGGACUUUAGAUCAAGUGUUAGAUGAGGUGACAUAUGCUAUUGGGGUUUGGGGAACCAAUGGUGUUCGUCGUUUGUACGAUACAUCUGGAAAACGUGUUACAGAUGUGUCUGAUCUUUUCAAAGAACAUGAUUGUUUUAUUGCUGUUGGAAGUGAAAAGCUAAAUUCAUCAGAUUUACAAGAGAUCAUUCAUGAUGUUCAUUUAAGAAAACCUAAAAGCACAAGGUUUCCAUCUAUAAAUAGUGGUGAAGAAAGCGAAGUUAGCCAGCAUGAUCAGUUGAAUAGAAUGACAGCAAAUAGACAUAAGUCAAUAAAAUCAGUAAAGCUACCAUCAUUAAGAAAGAAAAGUAAUGAUCAAACUAACUUUACAUCGCCUAGAAGUGACUUUGGAUCAAGAGAAGAGAAAAAGACACUAAGUGCUGUAGUUAGAAAAACCCACAGGAAUAGCGAUAAUGAAAGCAAUGCCUUAAAUGUCAGUGAUAACAAUAAUUGCAAUGGGGUUUUGGACGAUUUUUACACUGAAACAAAGAUAUCUCCUGGGAGUUUAAGCAGAGAAAUGCUAUCAGAAGUAAAUAAAACUGUGGAAAGUAUUGAGGAUAUUUACAUGCUUGGGGAGAAAAUCGGUGAUGGAAAUUUUGCUGUUGUAAGAAUCGGCAUAAAGAGUGACACUCAGCAGAAACAUGCAUUAAAGAUAAUUGACAAAAAGAAAAUUAUUGGGAAAGAAAGCAUGCUGACAGAUGAAAUUCGCAUCAUGAAAUCCUGCAAUCAUGAAAAUAUUGUCAAGUUAUAUGACACACUGGAUACAAAAUGUGAUGUUUAUUUAAUAAUGGAGCUUGUUACCGGUGGAGAUUUGUUUGAUGAGAUAUCAAGUGCGGUAAAAUUUGAUGAAGUAACAGCAAGCUCUUUUUCAUGCGAUAUUUCUCAAGCCCUUAGCUAUCUUCACCAUAGAAAUAUUGUCCAUAGAGAUUUGAAACCUGAGAAUUUAUUGGUCCAUAUUAUGGUCAAUGGCAGUAAAAGACUAAAACUUGCGGAUUUUGGUCUUGCUGUUGAAGUCAAGAUACCCUUAUUCACCGUUUGUGGGACGCCAACGUAUGUUGCACCAGAGAUAUUGGCGGAAACGGGAUAUAGCUUGAAAGUAGACGUGUGGGCUGCUGGUGUUAUUACGUACAUUAUGUUGUGUGGUUUUCCUCCGUUUCGUAGUCCAAACAAAGACCAGGAUGAGUUAUUCGAUCUCAUUCUUGCUGGCGAUUUCGAAUUCCUGGCACCAUUUUGGGAUGACGUAAGUGAUAUUGCAAAAGAUUUUGUAAAGAAAUUGUUGGUUAUUGAUCCUAAACUACGAUAUACGGCUGCACAAAUUCUUACUCAUCCCUGGAUACACCAUUACACGAAGGAAAGGAUAAAUUCUAGUUCUUCAAAACGCGAGUUUAAUGCCAGGAGAAAGUUUAAAGGUGCUGCCAUUGCUGUGGCAGGCUCAAAUAGACUUCAAAACAUCAUUCAAUUUCAGUUCAAACGUGGUGAGCGUUUACUAGGUCAAAGAACUUAAUGACUAAUUUGAUCCGGAAUACCUAUCAUCAGCUGCCAUCGAAGUAUUUAUUUGAAAUAUAGUUACUUGAAGAAGAAAUCACAGGCUUGCACAUUAGCGUGAUGUGAUUAUCAUACAGAACUGACACAAGGGUAAGCUAUUGAACUGCGUUAAAUCGUUCAGUAAAAGAAUGAUGUUAAUUUAUUUGGACGUGGAUUAUUGAGUGUACGUUGGGGGUUGAAAUUUUUUUAAAAUGUGUCACAACUUUCAUCAUGAUAUUUUAUUAAUAAAGUGCAGUGCACAUAAUGCGAAUUAAAGUUCUCCAUCAUUGAAGGACUUUUUUCGUAUUACAGUA